AUGAGCAGUAUAGUAUCAUCCUCGACAAGUAUGAGAAGUACUCCUACGCAGUUUGCAUAUGACGCAGAACCAACAGAAUGUGUAAAUGAUACAAGUAAUAAUAUUAAUAAAGAAGUUGGAAGAGAAAGAAGUAAUAGCAAUCGACAGCAAAUAUCUGCAGCUACAGUGGAAUCUAUAAAUGGAACUACUUCUGUGGUGACAACAAAAGUUUCAACUGAUGAUACAUUAAGUAGCUCACCGGGAUCAUUUAUAUCAACAAACAACAACAAUAAUAAUAAUAUAAUAGCGUCUAACUCAAUAUCAGGUUCAAGAAUUAAUGAUAAAAGAUCUGUAGUAAUACAAACCCCUAAGAAAGAAAAAGAAAAUCAAACAGUAUCACCGACACAAAUAAAAUGGGAAGAUCAAGAACCUAGUAAUAACGAUGAAGAAGAAGAGACGGACAAUGAAGCACAACAUUCAGACACUGUAGAACCAGAUUUCGAUUAUAAAUUUGAUUCGAAUAAAAUUGUAACAUUAUCAACAGACAAAUUAAUUCAAAUGUUAACUGCAUUAUUAGAAAAAAUUAUAAAUUCAAAUGACAGAUUAAAUCAUAAUGGCUCGCCGACAGAUUCAUUAGUUGAUAGUAAUAAUGAUAGCAUUAGUAAUAAUAAAAAUGGCAAUAAUAUAAUAGAUUUAGGAAAAAAUUCAGAAAACACAUCAUUAAUUAAUUCAAUAAUCAGUUUUAAAGGUAAACAUGUACCACAAAUUGGUCUUGAGCAAUACUUUCAUAGAAUUCAAAAAUAUUGUCCAACAACAAAUGAUGUCUUUUUAUCAUUAUUAAUAUAUUUUGAUAGAAUUUCUAAAAAAUGUAAUAGUAAACUACAAGAAGCAGUGAUGUUAAAGGAAAAUGAAAAAUCUUGUGAUGAACAAGAACAAGAUUUUGAAAAUGAUAGUCUAGUAGAAACCGAAGAUAAAGAAUUACUUCAGAAUGGUGAAAAAUGUAUGGAAGAAGGACAACAAUCUUUAAAAGAAAAGGAAGAACAUCAUCAACAACAAACAUUCGUAAUGGAUUCAUUUAAUAUCCAUAGAUUGAUAAUUGCAGGUAUUACAGUUAGUACAAAAUUCUUUAGUGAUUUCUUUUAUAGUAAUUCAAGAUACGCUAGAGUUGGUGGUAUUUCCUUAAAAGAAAUGAAUCAUUUAGAAUUACAAUUUCUUGUAUUAUGUGAUUUUGAGAUGCUAAUUUCUGUUGAAGAAAUGGAAAGAUAUGCAAAUUUACUUUAUAGAUUUUGGGAUAAUGAUAAUCAAAAUACAUCGGUUGAUGUUGAAUAA